AUGUGGGACUACGUGACGCUCCUGGCGUAUUCGGUACUACUCUAUUAUCUCGCGAAAGGCAUUUAUCAUGUGCUUUUACAACAAUGGGUGUACUUUCUUGCACCCAGAAAAGAUUUGAGGAAAUUGGCCAAGACCGAUUGGGCUGGUGAGUGGGCACUUUCAGCUGUCGGGAAAAUAAUGAGCACUCUAUCGCUUCUAAAAUUGCAUUGCCGCAGAGAAAACGAAUUGUGUCGCACCAAAAUCAAAUUGAUUUUACUUUUCACUUAAGCGACGCCACAGCGAUAUCUCGCUCGUAAUUUCCCCGCCACUGAUGAUAUUCAUGCCGUGCGACCCAUAAUUUGUUAUCAGUCUGUCGGGAAAAUAAUGAGAGCUCUGUGGAAAAAAUCGCAUCUCUGGAAAAUGAAUUACGUCGCCACAAGAUCAUAUAACUUGAUCUUUUUGCGCUCAUUAUUUUCCCGACAGAAUGAUGAUGGUAUGAAAGCCAUGAGCACGCCAUAAAAAUGUUUUAGACUCAUGGCUUGGUCCAAGAAGGCUCAAAAUCACAGGCUAUCAGUCUGUGGGGAAAAUAAUGCGGAUUUGUCGCAGCAAAAUUUAUCGCCCCGUCUCAGUCGCGCAUCAAAUUUUUAGUCGCGGCUGGCCGUCGCAAUGCGGUAAUGGCGAUACCAAGACGUGAUGAACCCACAUUAGUUUCCCGACAAACUGAUAUAUUCAUGUUUCAGCAGUUACCGGCUCAACACAAGGCAUCGGGAAGUAUUAUGCGUUGGAAUUGGCGAAGCAAGGCUUUAAUAUCAUCUUAAUCGCCCGGAAUGCUCAGAAAAUGGAGGAUGUCAGGCAGGAAAUUCUAAAAGAAGCCCCAAAUGUUCAAGUCGACUAUAUCGUAUUCGACUUUUUGAGUACUUCCACUGAAGACUACGAGAAAGCCUUCAAAGAGCCAAUGAAGAAGGUUGGAUUAUUAGGUAAAAAACUAAAAUUUUAACAACGUAUCGAUCGGUCGGGAAAAUAAUGAGCACAAUAAGAGUGCCCAUUAUUUUCCCGGCAAACUGAUAAAAUAUAAGUUAUCAGUCCGUCGGGAAAAUAAUAUGGAUUUGUCGCAGAAAAAUUCGCCAGAAAUCGGCGAUUACUUUCAUCCAUAUCUCUUGAAAUACCCCGCAUUUUUAGUGAACAAUGUCGGUGAGGCCUACCAAAUCCCUGAUAAAGUCCACAAACUUCAAGGCGGACUGGAGGAGAACCGAAACUUAAUCAUCAUAAAUAUGCUUCCCUUCGUGUUGCUCGCCCAAAUCUGUGUGGAAUACAUGGAACAGAGGGACGGAGGAUCAUUGUCAAUGUUGGGUCGUCCGCCGGCGAUGUCAAUUUUAUUUACUAUUCUGGAUAUUCCGCAACAAAGGUAUGUGUUUUGAAAGGGGUAUAUGAGUUUUGGACUUUUCGCAGACGGCAACCGGCCCGGGAUUUAAAAAAUAUGACAAGAAAACGCGUCGUUAUCGCGAUACUGCGAUAUUCCCAGCCCGACCCCAAGCUUGUCUAACAAAAACUUUUUAAAACUUUGUGAGAGAGUACUUGUAAUGAGGAGAUUCAGAUAGACAAAAAAAAAUUUCUGACAAUAACUUUCCGAGUUUUUCUCGGAAAAGAUAACUUUUUGUAGAACCAUCCAUUUAACGUCCAAUAAAUUCUAACCGUUUAUCUGAUGAAUGAGUUAUGGCACACAAAAUUUUACAAGAGAAGCAUCGGUCUGUCGGGAAAAUAAUGAGCACAAUGCCGGUGCGCCAAUCGCGUCGCUGAAGGAUUUUCGAUGCGGCGAAGUGCCCAUUAUUUUCCCAACAGACUGAUAUAGCAAAAAAAAAUAUUUUUUGGUCUCUUUCAAUUCGCUGUUCAUAGGUUUUAUCGCAUUAUAGAGACAAUAUUUUCCCCUAAAAAUCGCGUUUUUUUUCAGUCCGGGAUGAAAGGCUUCACCGACGUGCUUCGCGUCGAAUACCCCAUGAUCACCUUCCAGCAGAACAAUCCCGGCUGGGUGACCACCACGCUGGCCAAGAAGGCGCACGCCACGUUGUUCACUCGCCGCCCCGCCGACUACUCCUACUACGCGGUGCGGACGAUCGGCUGGCUGAAGGAGACGCGUGGACAUUGGGCGCAUCAACUGCAGUUCGACGUGUUGGCCGCGUUGCCCACGUUUCUUUCGGACAUUGUGUUCGAAAGAGUGUUGGGCCAGCAGAAAUUCGAGAACAUCGAUUAUCUGAAAAAUCAUGUGCAAAAUGGCGAUGCGCACAAGAAAAUGAAUUGA